AUGAAUAAGAGAAAAGCUGAGUGUGGAAAACAGAAAAGAUAUUUGGAUUUAUCACAACCUAUGCCACCAAAUUUACACGAACGUGUCGCAAAAAUUGUUUCGCUUCCUUUUGGAAAAGAUGAACCAUUUGAAGAACAAAGAGAAACGGGUAGUGAUUUGACUGAAGAAAAUUUUAUAAAAACGGUAGAACAACGCAAAAAUGACAAACCUAUUGAAGUCAUCAUUGAACCAAGAGCACCUGAAAUUAAAUUAUUAAAUAAUAACAACUGGAUAGCACAAUAUACCACCAAGCCUAAGAAAGAGCGAAUUGUCUGGAAAACAAAACUUUUCAAAGACAUCAAAGGGAUCCAUGAAGAUUAUUUAAUCGAAAAAACUGAGGAACUCUUCAAAUUUACUGACAAAAGAUUGGAGAUUAACAAAGAACGUGUAAAUGAAUUUUUCUCGAUUGAAGUUGAUGGUGACGCAUCAAGAGCGCUUCACAUUGAACCUAAAGAAAUGUCUGUCGUUCCACAUGAAGUUGCAAUUAUGAUGAAUCUUCCAAGUCAUUCAAUACAAAACAAAUCUAUUAAAAUCUUACAAUAUGAUAAGAAAUUACGACAUUCGAAAAAACCGAAAACUGUCGCUUUUGGAAGUCUCUUGCCAAGUGCACUUCGGCAAGAAAAGUUCAAUGAGGAUUUCUUCGAUGAAGUCUUUGCCGUCAACUGUCCAUCGGAAUUACGGUCAAUGGAAGUUGUAUUUAAAUCGAUCUUGCAUCUUGAUUCGACUAAAGUCUUAAUUAAUCAUUUGAAAGCAAAUCCUGAAAUUCCACGACCGAAAUACCUUGUAGACAACAAAUUUUUUGACACCACCGAAAAGAAUUUACAAAAGAAAAAAUUAUGA